AUGGCGGCGGCGGCACUGGCACCGGCUCCGGCGCCGGUGCCCUUGCCGGCGGCCUUCGCGGGGUGGUGGGAGCACGUGAACGGCUCGCCGGCGUGGCAGGACGGGAUCUUCUGGGCCCUCGCCGCACUCUACAGCCUCAUCGCCGCCUCAUCCUUCAUCCAAGUUGCUAGAAUACAGCACAGAGUUCCUGAAUAUGGAUGGACAACACAAAAGGUCUUCCAGUUCCUUAAUUUCUUGGUUAAUGGAGCAAGGUGUUCCAUCUUUGCUUUCCGUCGUCAAGUGCAACUAGUGAACCCUCAGAUCUUUCAGCAUGUUAUUCUUGAUCUGCCGGGGCUUGCAUUCUUCACCACCUACGCAAUGUUGGCACUUUUCUGGGCUGAAAUAUCUUAUCAAGCACGUGGUCUAGACACUGAUGGCCUUAGAUCAGGUUUCUAUACUAUUAACGGUGUCGUUUAUGCAGUUCAGGUUCUGGUUUGGGUAUUGCUGUGGUUGAAUCCAAACCCAUCUAUGCUUCUCCUUUCAAAGUUAUUCAUUGCGGGACUGUCCUUUUCCGCUGCCCUGGGUUUUCUGCUUUAUGGAGGGAGGCUAUUCCUCAUGUUGAAACGUUUUCCUAUUGAGUCCAAAGGAAGGCAACAAAAGCUGAGCGAGGUUGGCAGAGUGGCCGCUAUUUGUUCCUGUUGCUUCUUGGCAAGAUGCGUGAUGAUGUGUUUCGCUGCCUUCGAUAAAGAAGCUGAUCUGGAUGUUCUUGACCAUCCAAUUCUGAAUUUCAUAUAUUACUUGCUUGUCGAAAUCGUUCCUUCAGCUCUUGUUCUGUACAUUCUGCGGAGGAUCCCUUCGAAGCUAAAGCUCGCACAUUACCAUCCCCUCAGCAGCGGCUAG